CUCCGGCCUGGGCUGUGGGCGAGGUGGGGCGAGCGCCAGAGCUGCGGGGUUCGAUCCCGAGGCGACACUGGCGGCUCCUGGACACUCCCUUUCCUUUCUUUUCCUCCCUCCCGUCCUCUCAUGAUUUUCUUGACUCCACUUUUUGCUAAGAUUGACUUUGCCUCAGCGUCAACAGACUCUUCAUCUAAGAUUGAUUCCCGUGUGUCAUAUGUUUACAAGUCAGUGGGAAUUAAGCACAGCACGUACAAGCUGAAUACAGUUUAAUAAAAGCUGAAAAGCCAAAUAAGGAAAUGUACUUCUUCUCUUGACAGUCGUAAUUUAACUUAACAUGUGAAAAACUCCACUACAUGUCUGCGAAGUUACCUUAGUCAAUUUAAAUGAGCAGAAGUGAUUAGCUUGCAUUUGACUGAAGUUACCUGAGUCAACUUAAAUGAGCAAUUUAUUAACUUGCAUUUUACAUACAACUGAAUUUGACGUGUCUGGCAUACAUUUGUGUUUAACGGGCUAAAGCCGGUUUUUCGGUUGGCUUGGGCAGAAAAGUGAAAAGAGAAUGCUCCACUUUAACCGAUGUCAGCAUCUGAAACAAAUAACUCAGAAAUGUUUUUCUGUUAUACACAUCAAAACGGAUAAACACGCCCAGCUAUUUCUUUCAAGAACCUUUGCACUUGCAGAAUUACGGAAGUCAUGGCACUCAACCCAGUCUCUUGUCGGAGACAAAAAUAUUGUCCUGAUGGGACCGCCUGGUGCUGGGAAAACAACAGUAGGCAGAAUAAUAGGUCACAAACUAGGUUGUUGUGUCAUAGAUGUGGAUGAUGAUAUCCUUGAAAAAACCUGGAAUAUGAGUGUGUCUGAAAAAUUACAGGAUGUUGGUAAUGAGCAGUUUUUAGAAGAGGAAGGAAAAGCUGUGUUAAACUUCUCUGCAUCUGGAAGUGUGAUUUCCCUUACCGGGUCCAAUCCAAUGCAUGAUGCUAGCAUGUGGCAUCUGAAGAAAAAUGGAAUAAUCGUAUACCUGGAUGUACCUCUAAUAGAUAUAGUUAGUCGUCUAAAAUUAAUGAAAGUAGAGAGGAUUGUAGGUCAGAAUCCUGGAACAUCUAUGAAAGACUUACUUAAAUGUAGAAGACAGUAUUAUAAGAAGUGGUACGAUACUCGUGUUUUUUGUGAAAAUGGGGCUUCCCCAGAGGAGGUAGCUGACAAAGUGCUUCACGCAGUUAAAAGAUACCAAGAUGUGGACUCAGAAACAUUCAUUUCAACAAGAUACUUUUGCCCCAAAGACGAUGAGCAGAAGGUUUCGACGAAAUUCUUUAGCGAAGCUAUGAUUGAAGGAUUAGCUUCUGAUGGUGGACUCUUUGUUCCUGAGAAGGAAUUUCCAAAAUUAAGCUGUGGGGAGUGGAAAAGCCUAGUAGGAGCAACCUAUAUAGAAAGAGCCCAAAUACUGUUGGAAAAGUGCAUACAUCCUGCUGACAUACCUGCAGCUAGAUUGGGAGAAAUGAUCGAAACUGCUUAUGGGGAAAACUUUGCCUGCUCAAAAAUCGCCCCUGUCAGGCACCUUUUAGGCAACCAGUUCAUCCUGGAAUUAUUUCAUGGACCAACAGGGUCAUUUAAAGAUUUGUCUUUACAACUUAUGCCCCAUCUGUUUGCACACUGUAUUCCACCAAGUUGUAAUUAUAUGAUACUAGUAGCAACCUCAGGAGACACAGGGAGUGCAGUCUUAAAUGGUUUUAGUCGUCUUAAUAAGAAUGACAAGCAAAGAAUAGCUGUAGCCACGUUUUUUCCCGAGAACGGAGUAAGUGAUUUUCAGAAAGCACAAAUAAUUGGCAGUCAGAAAGAAAAUGGAUGGGCAGUGGGUGUCAAGUCAGAUUUUGAUUUUUGCCAGACAGCUGUGAAAGGAAUUUUUAAAGAUUCUGAGUUUACUGGCUUUCUUACUGUGGAAUAUGGGACAAUCUUAAGUUCAGCUAAUUCCAUAAACUGGGGCCGACUGCUUCCCCAAAUAGUUUAUCAUGCUUCUGCAUAUCUUGAUCUCGUGAGCCAAGGAUUUAUUUCUUUUGGAAGCCCAGUGGAUGUCUGUAUCCCCACGGGGAACUUUGGUAACAUUUUAGCAGCAGUGUAUGCCAAAAUGAUGGGAAUUCCUAUUCGCAAAUUUAUUUGUGCCUCUAAUCAGAACCAUGUUUUGACUGAUUUUAUAAAAACAGGACAUUAUGAUCUAAGGGAAAGGAAAUUAGCCCAAACCUUUUCACCAGCAAUAGAUAUUCUCAAAUCUUCAAACCUGGAACGACAUUUAUACUUGAUGGCUAAUAAAGACGGACAAUUAGUGACCAAAUUAUUUAAUCAAUUAGAAGAGCAGCAUCACUUCCAGAUAGAAAAGAUUCUAGAAAACAUAGCCGACUGGUGCUCUGAAGGAGAGUGCCUAGCAGCUAUUCACUCCACCUACAAUACUUCAGGGUAUAUUUUGGAUCCACACACCGCUGUUGCAAAAGUGGUUGCAGACAGAAUGCAAGACAAAACUUGCCCAGUGAUUGUCUCAUCUACAGCUCAUUACUCAAAGUUUGCACCUGCUAUCAUGCAGGCUUUAAAGAUUAAAGAAAUCAACCAAACUUCAUCAAGUCAGCUUUAUUUAUUGAGUUCAUAUAAUGCAUUACCUCCACCACAUGAGGCUUUAUUAGAGAGAACAAAACAGCAAGAGAAGAUGGAGUACCAGGUCUGUGCAGCUGACAUGAAUGUCCUGAAGAGUCACGUGGAAAAACUAAUACAGAAUCAAUUCCCAUGAGUUUUUCUGAGUAAAAUUUUUUUUUUCUGGUAAUAAGCAUGCAAUAAUAAAUCACAAAAGGCGAUUUGGAGUACAGUAGCAUUUUGUUUUUUAUGUAGAUACCUAUGUCUAUAUGUAAAUUGCCUUUUGGAAUUUCAGUAGCCUUGUCUCUGGUUCUGAACAAUUUACCUGUACACAUGCUCCUUGGAUCCCUAAUUUAGAAGUGACAAAGAAGUAGCAUAGUGCAUGGACCCUUGUGCUAUUGUGCUGUGCUUUGUACUCCUGAGGGAUAUUUCAUUUUCUGCUUCAUCACCCCCACUUUUAAGUGGACCAAAAUGUCUGGUAAUUAAAAUAUUUAAGCAUAGUUGUUAAGUACUAUAUAUGUAACCGUAACUAGUUCUCUAUCGAUGAGAAAGAUUUACCACUCAAAUGGCUAACUUGCAUAGAGGAAUUAGUCACCUCAUGUAUUAAGAUAGAGCCAGUGUGUUCAACUCAAACUCCAUUUGGGCUACAAUUACAUGUGUCCUGUACCAUCCAAAUCAGAUAAGUGCUCUGUCCUCUCCCCUUUGGAUGUUUAUAGUUAGAAGGUAUAGUUUAAAAAUCGAGAUACAUGGUUUAAAUCCAGGAUGUAAUAAUCAACUACUUAGUGGAUUCAGAAAUAAAAUUACUAUUUCAAGAGAAAAAAUUUUCAAACUUCAGAUUAUUUGAAUAGUCUUAAUAGAAGUAUGUUUUUAUAGUUAUUGGUAGUUUUCUGUAUUAUACGGAGUCCAUUUGUCUGUAAUCUGCCCAUUGUCUCUUUUCAAUGAACAUUGUCUUGACAAACCACA